GCCGCCGACACCGCGUAUCUGUCACACCUCGCCGCGUUUGGUUUAAUGAAGCCACCGCUCGCAGCUCGGAAAAGUGGAGCUGUAAGAUCCAUUUCAUCUGCUCAGCAUCGUCUGCGUUUGUCGUCGCCUGGUGGCCGCACGGGGGAAACCUACAGCGUGAGCAGACAGGCAGAGUGAAGGCACACGGGGCUCAGAGCAUGUCGCCUCCUGUUGCUGCACCUCACUGUGAGAUCUGCUGUCGACCUUUCAGGCUGUGCACAUGAACCCAGAAAGCGUUUUCGCGCCUCUCCUCACUAUGUGCGACCCGGACCUUUGGACGAGUUUACCAGCACGGCGUCUCCCCUGAGCCUGGAGGGUGGGGGGGGGGAAAGCUGGGCUUGUUGUUUCGGGGAUUUUUGACACAACUUGUCAGAGAAGUCGCUUUCUGCUCCCGCCGCCGCCGCUGCUGCUCUCGCUGCUGCUUCUGGUGGUUUGCUCGGAGCUCCUUGCGGUGUAAAAGUGUGAAACAAGUGUCAGAAAGAGAGCAACAGAUGUUUUUGGUGGAUAUGCGGCCGGCUGAGGAAUGAAAGCAGCAGCGAGGCACCGGCGGCCCUUCCAGCGGUUCUGCUGCUGUGGAGUCGGGCUGGUCGUCGUCAUUUGGCUCGCUCAGGUCAUCCAGGCACCAGAGACAGAGUCUUUGGGGUUUCAGCCAGGCGUGAAUGGUGAGACGCUACAAUGGACACGAAGGUUAAUGCAGGAGAAGUCAGACAACCAGAGCCUGGAUCUGGAUCAGCCCCGAGCAGCCAUCCAUGAAUUUCCUGAGGACAUCUUCACCAAAGAGCAGAGGAAGAAUGGGGCUGUGUGUCUCCACGCACUCUGUGCCAUCUACAUGUUCUACGCUCUGGCAAUUGUCUGUGAUGACUACUUUGUUCCUUCCCUUGAGAAAAUAUCUGAGAACCUGCAGCUCAGUGAAGAUGUAGCCGGGGCCACAUUUAUGGCUGCAGGAAGCUCAGCUCCAGAGCUUUUCACCUCUCUCAUUGGUGUCUUCAUCACUAAAGGGGACGUUGGAGUCGGCACAAUCGUGGGCUCAGCUGUCUUCAACAUCCUAGUCAUAAUCGGCUUGAGUGGAAUCUUUGCGGGCCAGACAGUGGUUCUGACAUGGUGGUCUCUCUUUAGAGAUUCCUCCUACUACAUCCUGUCAGUGCUGACUCUCAUCAUGGUCAUCUAUGAUGCCAGAGUGGUGUGGUGGGAGUCCUUACUUCUAAUGACGAUGUAUGGAAUCUACAUUAUUAUCAUGAAGUUCAACUCGCAGCUUUUUAUGUUUGUGACGCAUCGGUUGAGGAGCGCUGGGCCAUGCUGCCUCCGAUCAGAAGAACGCCGAGACAGCAAGAUGGGAGAAGAUGCCUCGGCUUGCAACACGUCUAUGGUGCUUCUGAACAAAGGCCAAGCCCAUGGUCAGGAGGCUUCUCCAGUCAUCAUGGUAGAUGAGCUUCUCAUCCUCAACCCCCACAAGCUGUCCUUCUCAGAGGCUGGCCUGCGUAUUAUGAUCACCCCCCACUUCUCACCCCGCACCAGGCUCUCCAUGGCAGGACGCAUGCUCAUUAGUGAGAGACAGAGGCUGGUCCGUAUUUCAAAGAAUCAGCGGGAGGUUGAGACCGGACCCGGGUCAAGAGGGGGCUCCACCAGCAACAGUCUGAAGAGGACAGCCUCCUGCAGUCUGGAGAAUGGAGGCGGGAGACCUGGGAUAGUUGACGCAGAGUCAGGGGACAAGCCAGGGGCUGAGGCGUGUCAGCAAGAGGAGGAAGAGGAAGAUGAAGAUGGGAUUUUCAGUCCAGUGCGCAUUCCAGAUGGCUGGUGUGCGCGGGUAAAGUGGGUGAUCACAUGGCCUCUGGGCCUCUUGCUCUACUGCACUGUGCCUAACUGCAUUCUGCCACGCUGGCACCGCUGGUUCAUGGUCACAUUUGUAGCCUCCACUUUAUGGAUCGCUGUCUUCUCCUACCUCAUGGUGUGGAUGGUCACCAUCAUCAGCUUCACACUAGACAUCCCAGAUUACAUCAUGGGCAUAACCUUCCUGGCAGCAGGGACGAGUGUGCCUGACUGCAUGGCAAGUCUGAUUGUAGCUCGACAAGGCAUGGGGGAUAUGGCAGUGUCUAACUCUGUAGGUAGCAAUAUCUUUGACAUCCUGCUGGGUUUGGGUUUCCCCUGGGCUUUGCGUACACUUGUGGUGGACCACGGAUCAUCGAUAUCCAUAAAUAAUAAAGGACUUGUAUAUUCUGUCAUUCUGCUGCUGGCGUCUGUGUUCCUGACAGUGCUGAGUGUUCAUCUGAACCGCUGGAGACUGGACCGCCGGCUGGGUCUGGGUCUCAUGUUUCUCUAUGCCAUCUUCCUGCUCUGCUCCAUCCUCUUUGGGCAGAUGUGAGGCCUUAAGGUCAAAGGUCAACCCGAGCUCAGCCCCCAUGCUGAGUUCCUACUUUUCUACCACACCUCCUCUUUCCUGAAGCCAAAAAAAGAAACGUGACAGCGUUGUUGUGCUCCUCUGAAUGAUUUCCCUGCACUGCUUUGGGACUCGUUAGAUUGAUACUGUACACAUGCAACUACACAAAAAGAUUUUUUUUGUGUGUGUGUGUCCUUCUCGUAUAGCAGAGUGUUUCAAAUUUAAAAUUGGGUAAUUUAGCAGAAAAUGAAAGAUGGCGGCAGCAGAUUAGAUCUAUUGGACCUUUAUUGAUAUUAAAAAAAAAACAUGCAAAUUCUGUGACUUAAAAAAAUUAUUUGAGGGCUGUUUUUGCAGUGUUGUGGUUAUUUAGUGGCCAAUAUUUUGAUGAUAAUUAUCCACGUAACUGAGCAGAUUUUUUUAUUUUAUUUAUUUAAUAUACAGCUGCUGUUCUUGUACCCUUUCCUGCUAACGUGAUAAUACAAAAGCUUUAUGGUCGGUGCUAGAUGGUGAUUGGCUGUCAGGUGAUGGAUGAGGUCCUGAGCAAUGAGCAACUUUGCUAAUUUGCUUUUUCAAUAUUUUUUCCAAAUUGGUUCGUUGAUAAGGGGUACCAAAAAAAUAAAUAAAUAAAAAGCUAGGGCCUCCACUGUGAAGCAAGUUCAGCUUAAAUAGGAUGCUGUCUUAUCUGGUUUCACUCAGCUUAACAUCCAAAAAAAGUCACCCCAAGGUUUUUCAAAUUAGCUAUGAGUGUGUUCACAUGAGAGGGGGCUGUGUUUGCAGCAUAUGACCAAUCACAAACAUGGAAAAGUCUAUCGGCAUUACAUAUUCUAAGAUCAAAUGGUAAUAAUAAAAAAAAAUAAAUAAAUCUGAUAAGGUCAAAUGCAGGCUAAAUGCAAUACCUUCACUCCAGUAAAACUGUGUGUAACAGGAAAAGAGCUCUGAUUGGUCAUUAAAACUCAAAAAAUGCUCCACUAGUAAAAUCUAAUGCUGAAUACAAGAUACUUAAUUACUGCUUGAUCAUCUAAGGUAGAAAGGGUCUGACUGUAAUUAGGCUACAACUAUGCAUUUCUUUGAGGUGUUGCUUAAAUGAAAGACGAGACAAUUUUGGCCCGAUUCCUUCAGUUGCAAACGAGUCAGUAUUAGUAGGAGUCCAGCUCUGUUAUCUGAGGAGACUUUGACAGGGUCUUACAAAACUCAUCAACCCAGAUGACCUCCAACAGGUUACUCUUGCGUGAUGGUGCCAUGAGGUCCUGGUUUCCUUUAGUGGGACUUGUGCUCACAGCCCAACACUACGCAGUUUGAUUGGCAUUUGCCAGAAAACACCAAAACUGGCCUCCUGGAGGAGCUGCACUACCUGUGCAACCUGAAUGGGCUGCAGGUACCAUCUCAUGCUACUGCUACUAACAGCGGCACUAGCAAAAAAGCAAACCCAGAGGAAAAAAAACAGUCAGGAGGGAUUAAGGAGGGCACAGCGGUCUGUGGCUACAACCUGCAAAAACGGUUCUGUGGAGUUUGUCUUGUUGUUGCCUCUCCAGCAUACCUGGUGUCACUUUACUUUCCACCAAAGCAGGUGAAACAGGUUCACAAUGGAUUAUGUUUCCUAACCGACUCUGUGUUUCACAUGUUCAGUCUCUCGCUCUUUUUUUUUUUAAGCAGUGUAUAAAAAACAGAAUUCAAACCUGCAACUUUUAUAACGGGUCAAUAAGUACAAGAUUCAGGGGCCCUGUUCUAGGGUUAUAUAACUGUAAUAAUAAUUACAGAAUUGCUUGCAUCCAACAGUUAAAAAAAAAACAAAGAAGCAAAGAAUCAAGUUACUCCAAUCAAGAAGCAACCAAAACUUCAGAUUGACUGUUAGAGACUCUGCUGGUGCUAACCUCAUACCAAAAUCCACCAUCGACUAGAAAUGGUGACAUUAUUUUCAAAGAAUUUAUUAUUCAGUACGAAGUGGUUUUGUGCAUUGUUUGUGCAUGCCUCUUAUCUCAGAUAUGAUCGUGAGAACAAUUUAAGUUACUCACGGUUCAGCUCUACUUUAAAAAAACAAAACAAAAACAUAAUCUUUAGCAAAGUGUUAAACUGUGUCUCAUAAGCUCUUACUACAUUUUUCAUGUCAAUAUUUAACCUGAAAAGAAACUCAUGACUAAAUCUGUCAAGCAAAUGUAGAAAAGUAAAAAAUUAAUCCUUCUCUCUGAAAUAUAGAUGGGUAUAAGUAGAAUUUGUCAAAGUGGAAAUGCAGACAAACUGGCAUUGAACUGGAGUUUUGGCUCUGAGGAGAUCUGUUCAAAAACCAUCUAAUCUCAAUGAGACGCUCACACUCGCCACGAAAGGGCAAACAACCAAUCACAGCACAGCCUCCCUCUGGCUGAUCCAGUCCAGCACCAACCGAAAUUUAUUUUGAGUUUGAUGUUAGCGGCCCUCAGAGCGGAAAAAACUACAAAUCUUUCCUGUUUCUGCCUGAUUUUUUUUUUCCUCUUCAGAUUGCUGUUAUAUCACUAUUCUCAUUAGAGCAAUAACCUCAUAGAAGUCCACAAUAAAUUCACAUAUUUUUCAUUUACAUAUAUAUUCUUAACGGUUGUGGUCUGAACGCUGCAGCCAAACUAACUCGUUACAACAUCACUAACUAGCUGACUUCAUCACAACAAGCACAAAUCGUUUCUGAGAGAGGAACUUCAUCGGCCCGCUUCUGGUUCUGAAUCCACAUAUUGUUCUGCAGGAGUUCAGUAGUUUUUAUUUCUGACUACACUAAUCACAGAGGUUCAGAAGGGUCUGGAUUAACAGAAGGGAAAAAUAAUGCAUCAGAGAGAGAUUUCACAAUACAAAAUCCCACUGGGUAUACAGGAUAUGUGGCAAGACACUCAAAUCCAAGAUAGUUUUUACUGCUGUGUCCAAUAUCCGGCCUUAAGUAUGAAUUAAAGGCAGUGGGAGUGGGACUGCCUUCCACACUAGUCCCACAUUCUCACCCCUGUUUUAACCAUUCUUGUCCACUCAAAGGACAAGUUGGGAUUUAAGGUGGAAUUAAGCAGGCAAACAUAAAACAGACACACCUGAAUCUUUCUUUCUUCAAAAGCAUCGUGAUGGCAGAGCUGAUGCGCUGCUGCAGUUUGAAAUCAUGCAUUAUUGGCCUGCGAUUUCAUUUUGAGAAAAAAAAAAAAGGAACUUUUCAAUCAUAUCACAGCACUUAAAAAGACAUUUCACAUAGCAACACAAUUCAAGCAUGACAUUUCACGUUGUUUUGUCCCUGCUGUUAAGAGAUUACUGUUGUGAAUACCCUCGUAUUUUCUGAAUGUAGCUGACGUUUGUGUGAAAAUAUUUGCAUGCAUUUAAAUGUAGCAGGUGGCGCCGAAUGACAGCGGAGCGCGUCAGAGCAGAAACGUUUUAGUCCCACACUACAGGAAACCAUUUAUGUCAGACUGUUUUUGAAUGCAGCCAAAAUG